AUGGGCGACACCCCUGCGGGCGCCGUUCCUGGCAGCGCAGAGGACACCAGUCAUAUUGCCGGGCUUCUGCGGCGGACGGUAAGGCUGCUGGAGCUUGGGUUCAAGCCCAUCUUUGUGUUCGACGGUGCUGCCCCGGAGCUCAAAAAGGCUCACGCACUGGCCCAGCGCGAGCAGUCUCGCGCGCGGUCGCGCGAGCAGCUGGAGGAGGCCAAGGCUGCCGGAGACGACGAGGGCGUCAAGCGUCAUGUUGCAAGGUUGGUGAAAACCACUCCACGGCACAAUGACGAAGCGAUGGAGUUGCUGCGCUUCAUGGGCGUACCCGCCGUGCAGGCGCCUGGGGAGGCAGAAGCGCUCUGUGCAGAAUUGGCCGCGGCCGGUCACGCCCAGGCUGCGGCGACCGAAGACUUCGACGCUCUGGUGUUUGGGACACCACGGCUAUUGAGGAACCUCCAUAGAGCUGCAGCCUCGCCACAAGUUCCACUGGUGCAGGACAUUCAACUCCAGCCUCUCUUGGCAGCCCUGGCUUUCACACAGGCCGAAUUUGUUGACUUCUGCAUCCUCGCCGGGUGUGACUACUUGACCACCAUCUCCAAGGUGGGCAUCGUCACGGCCCGGAAGCUGAUGCAGGAGCAUCGCUCGAUUGAAGCAAUCCUGGAGAACCUGGACCGCAAGAAGUACGCGGUGCCGGACGAUUGGAACUAUCCAGCAGCCAGGGCAUGCUUCUCAAGCACAUCCUUGAAAGAAGUGAACAUCGCGGCUUUAAAGGAGACCGCCGUCCAGGCAGGGCCUCUUCACGCGCUGCUUCGGGAACGGCACAAGUUGCCACAAGACCUGGUGGAUGAUUGCAUGCGCCGACUCAUGGCAGUGAAGCCGCUCCCGCAGCCCCCGCGCCCAGCUGCCACAAGGGCGCCGCCCGAGCCUGGAAGGCUGCGCGGCGGUGGCGCCCCAUCACGUGGCGCCGGUGCGCAGCGGGGGGCAAACCAACGUCGCCCCGCCACACCGCAGGGCCAAGGUUCAGGAGGCCGCCAGACGCUCCAGGCGGCCUUCUUCCAGGGAAAGCGCAAGUCCCUGGAAGAGGCCUCGCCCAUGAAGAGGCGCCGGCUGUCGGCGGAGGCUGCGCUGAAGGGCUUCUUAGGCUCUGACAUUGACCUCCGCGAGAUCGCGCUUGACGAGCUGGAACAGCUUCGCGAGCAGAUGGAGCGUGACAUCCAUACAGACGUCCUUACGAUUGACUGA